ACCCAAUAUUCUUUUUCAUUUUACAGUAGCUUUGACAUGGCUCUUUCUAGUAUCCUGACAGAAGCUGAAAUUGCUGCUGGCCUACAGAGCUGUCAAGCUGCUAAUUCAUUCAAUUACAAAACCUUUUUUGUCAAAGUGGGUCUCAACUCCAAGUCCAAAGACCAGCUCACCAAAGUCUUUGGAAUUCUUGACCAGGACAAGAGUGGCUUUAUCGAGGAAGAUGAAUUGGAACUUUUCCUGCAGAAUUUCUCAGCCAGUGCCAGUGCUUUGACUGAUGCCGAGACCAAAGACUGCCUUUAUUAA